AUGAAAAAUGUAAAUGUAACGCCCGAAACCCAUGAAUCUGUAAAAAAUGUCGAUACUAAAGAUCCUGGUAUCCGUGUGCUGGGGGUCGUACUGGAAUCCUUACCGGGUAACUUGUUUCAUGUGAAGUUAGAGGAGAACGAUCACAAAGUUGUGGCGUACCUUGCUGGGAAGUUGAUGCAGCACAGAAUCUGGGUGCUUCCCGGCGACCAGGUUACCCUUGAACUUUCUCCUUAUGACCUAACGCGUGGACGCAUCGUCUGGCGGAAUCCCGGCGUUUAG